AUGGGCCAGAAGAGGCGUCUCGCAGAGUAUGAGAGCGAUCUCCCGGACCAGUCAAGGCUCAACGUCAGCCCACAGCCUGCCACAACCUCAGCAGAACAGUCACCAUUCCGCUUCAACCUCUCCAAACAGACUCCACAUGCUCACCAUGAUCUCGCAAACGGCAAUUCGAGAGACGGAGCCGAUGACAAUCAUGGUUGGCAGGUAGCGGAAUCAUCGAAGAAGAAAAAGAAGAAAAAGCAAAAGGUGGAAGCUGACUCGCUGCCAUUCCUCCGCUUCGACCCCGAACGACAAGGAGCGCCUGUGCGGAUCAAAGAUCUUCAAGGUCUCGUGCUUUACACUCUAGCCGAUGGCGUUGCUCCCAAUUGGGUCGCGGUCAAAGAUGCAAAGAGUAUCAAGCAGGCUCUGGUUCUCAUGGUCCCAGGGAUGGAUAAGGCAAUGCUUGAGAGUGCUGUGGCUAAGCUAUCCGCGCCUGACGCAGAGCGCGAUGGUGCCGACGGAGUUGACACGCCGGCGGAUUCUAUGACACCAACCGCCGAGGAAAUUAUCGCACAGAUGACUCGCGGAGCACUACCAAGCACUCGAACGACGGAGCCACUUGCCGACUACAUCAUUCGCAUCAAAGCACCUGGUGAUCCAAAGACUGGCCGCAUGCACUCUCCGCUUCAGACAAUGCUCAUUUCACCAGAAGAUAAGAAGGAGAAGAGCAAUAGCCACGGUAGACACGCCGCAGAUGUUUUUCAGCCAGUCCAGACGCCACUAGUGACGUUCAUCCACUCUGCGGAGGAGCUAUGCGAGGCUGAUUAUCCUGUGCAUCCUGCAAUAUUCACCAAUGACGUUGAUGCAGCAAUGGAGAAGACGAGACGCGAGGAAACUAGGCAGUCACAUAGUGGCGGCUGGGUCGAUACCCCUGUGACACAUUCAACACCGCAGCCCGCAUCCAAAGACACCGUAGACGCCGUUACGCAGGGCCUUGACGUGUACGCCCUAGACUGCGAAAUGGUCAUGACCGAUGACGACAAAUACUCCCUGGCCCGCAUCUCCGUGGUCGACUGGCACGGCAAAGUAAUCAUGGACGAGCUCGUGCUGCCCGACCUACCGAUCAAGAACUACUUCACUCAAUUCUCCGGUAUUACGGAAGAAAAGCUCAAAGGCGUAACGACAAGACUCUCGGAUAUACAGAAGAGCUUAUCGGAGUUGUUUGGCCCAUCCGUGGUGCUCAUCGGCCACUCCCUCGAAAGCGACUUCAACGCUCUGAAGAUGACGCACCCCUUCGUCAUCGACACUUCCAUGGUCUAUCCACACCCUCGCGGCCUACCUCUUCGAUCCUCGCUCAAGUUCCUCACGAACAAGUACCUCAAGCGCGAGAUCCAGAAGGGUGGCGCGAACGGCCAUGAUUCGGUCGAGGACGCCCGCGCCGUGCUGGACCUGGUCAGACUGAAGUGCGAGAAGGGCCCAACAUACGGGACCUUGGAUAUGAACGGCGAGAGUAUCUUCUCGCGAUUGGAUCGAUCGGCAAAAAAGACAGCGAUUGUCGAAUACGGAACGCCGGACCGCGGAUUUGGACGGCACGCUUCGGUCAAAGUGGGAUGUAAGAACGACGAUGAGGUUGCAGACGCAAUCAUCGAGGUCAUGAAACCCAAGUCUCCGGCAACGGAAGGCGCAGCAUUCACAUGGGGCCGCUUCCGCGACAUGGAGGCAAUUCGUGGCUGGAACUCGUCCAAGCACUCCUCCACAUCCGACAAGUCAGGCCACAGAUCUACCAACAGCGAAGCCGGCACAGACGCCACCGCCCACCAUGAGCGCAAGGUUCAAGCCGCGGAACAGCAGACGGUGGACCGCCUCGUACGGGUCUACGAAGCGCUCGACCCCUCGACGCUCGUCAUCGUCUAUCCCGGCCCCGGCGACAUGCGCGAGGUGUUAAGGCUGCAGGAGCUGCAGCGGCAGUUCAAGCGCGAGUUCAAGGUCAAGAAGUGGGAUGAGUUGAGCGUGCGCUGGACGGACGACGAGGAGCAGGCGCUGAGGAAGGCGUUCAAUGAGGCUAGGGCGGGAUGGGCGCUCGUGUGUGUCAAGUGA